AUGGAACCCAAUUUCAAGCUCAUCCUCAAAGAAUUGGCGCAGUUGAAUCGCCGAUUCGACGAGCAGGACGCCAGUCUGAACCAGCGCUUUGCUGAUCUAGAGCAUAGUCUCUCCGAGCGCUCUGCCGCCGUCGACUCCUGCUUCGAUGACAUGGUGGCGUCCCAAGCCACCGCCACCGUCUCUGCGCGUCGCUACAUCAAGGACGAGCAUGACGACCAUGUGGCGAUGCUCAAGUCUGCGACCACUGAGCUAUGUGCGUGGCAACCCGGCGUGGACGGCGUCCUCAACGACAUCCAAAUCUCCAUGCAGAAGCUGGCGAAGUCGCUUGACCGCGCCGUGUUUGAUGAAAUUCCGCAUGGCUCCGGUGUCUUCAACACUCCAACCAAGGUGGCCGCGCACUCGUCUGCCAGGUUCCCCGUCGACCAGCACGUUGUUGGGCACCAUGUUGAGCCGACUACACAUGAUACGAGAUCCAGGGUCGUCACAACCUGGAUCCCUAUCCCGGCCAAGGGUACAUCCUUCAAUUCUCAUCCUGUUCAUCCUAUCUUUCCUGCAUCGUGUUCGCGUGAAGCCCAUCCCCACCUUGCUGUUGUUCCAACGUCCUUCCAUCACUCCCGCUCGUCCACCGGAUCCUCCCCGUUCUACAUGGCCGUCUUCCUAAGCUUCCGUUUCUCAUGUUCGAUGGAGAUAAUCCAUGGCGGUGGCGCUCACGCUGCAAAAAAUCUUCGCUAUGUGCGAAGUAGAUCCAUCCCUUUGGAUCAGUCUGGUCGAGCACUAGAUGGAAGGGGCUGCUGCUCGCUGGUACUAGUCUGUCUUCGCAGUUGCCCAUGGCCACUUGAGAAUCCUAGUGUCGCUUGA